CGGAUUUUUGUUAUUGGUUGAUUUUUCGCGCCGGCAGAGUGAGCGGACAUGUGCGAGGCAAAACGAGUCCGGGGCGAAUGAUCCUUGGAACUUUCGCUUGUAUCUUAGGAACCGUAGGUACUACCGCCUCUAGGUCAGCUCGGCCGCUUGUCCGCCGCUUCUCGAAGUGCCACGUGUGCUGUAAGCUCGCUCCCAACUGGGGUAAUAAGAAAGCUCGUCUCAGGAAGCUCGUCGCUUCUCAGAAGAUGGCCACGCCGGAGGUUUGCCAAGUUCUCGAACCCCUGAGAAAUGCCGUCAAAGAACAGGGCGACUUGGUCCGGAAGCUCAAAGAAAGUGGGGCACCGGAGUUGGACGUCAAGAAAGCCGUUAACGAACUUAAGGCUAGAAAGAAAGUGCUGGAAGACAAGGAACUCCAGUUGGCACCUCCAGAAGUGGGCUUUGACAGACUUCGAAUGGAAGACUUACUGAAAAGGCGCUUCUUCUACGACCAGUCCUUCUCCAUUUAUGGAGGUGUGGCUGGACAGUAUGACUUUGGUCCCAUGGGCUGUGCCAUGAAGACACAGCUGCUCAGCCUCUGGAGGAGCCACUUCGUGCUUGAGGAGCAGAUGCUGGAAGUGGACUGCACCAUUCUCACACCUGAGCCUGUGCUAAAGGCAUCUGGGCACGUGGAGCGCUUUGCAGACUUGAUGGUGAAGGACCUCAAGAAUGGGGAAUGUUUCAGGCUUGACCACCUUAUCAAAGCGCACCUGGAAAAGCUGUGUGCUGAUAAGAAGACAACGGCCAAACAGAAGGCAGAGUAUGAAGAUAUUGUGGUCAAGCUGGACGGCAUGACCAAAGAUGAGAUGAAUGCUGUCUUGCGACGUUUUGCGAUCAAGUCGCCUACAACGGGAAAUGACCUGAGUGACGCCAUCGAGUUUAACCUGAUGUUCUCCACAUGUAUUGGCCCUUCGGGGCUUGUUAAAGGGUACCUCCGACCCGAGACAGCGCAAGGCAUUUUUGUGAACUUCAAGCGCUUGCUCGAGUUCAAUCAGGGUCGGCUACCAUUUGCUGCUGCUCAAAUAGGCAACGCUUUCCGUAAUGAGAUCUCGCCCAGAUCAGGACUGAUCAGAGUCCGUGAGUUCACCAUGGCUGAGAUCGAGCACUUUGUGGACCCCGCUGACAAGGCACACCCCAAGUUUGCAUCUGUGAAGAACCUGGAGAUGGUCCUCUAUUCGGCGUGCAACCAGAUGGACGGCCAGCCCGCACAGAAGAUCACUAUCGGGCACGCUGUUGAGAAGGGCCUAGUUGCGAACGAGACCCUGGGAUACUUCCUAGCCCGCAUCCAGCUUUUCCUGGAGCGUGUGGGUGUUGACCCCGCAAGGCUGCGAUUCCGACAGCACAUGAGCAACGAGAUGGCUCACUAUGCAUGCGACUGCUGGGACGCUGAAUGCAAGACUUCCUAUGGUUGGGUUGAGUGUGUUGGCUGUGCAGACCGUUCCUGUUACGACUUGAGCCAACACACCAAGGCUACAGGCGUGCGUCUUGUAGCUGAGAAACCGCUACCACAACCAAAGACUGUAGACGUGGUGGAAGCCCUCCCAAACAAGGCAGCCAUUGGCAAGCAGUUCAAGAAGGAGGCCAAGCCAGUUUCAGAUGCUCUAGCAGCACUCGCUGCCACGCAUGUUGACCAGCUGGAAAAAGAUCUCAAUGAAAAAGGGGAGUGUGAAGUGGCAGUGGGUGACUCAAAGGUGAAGGUCACUAAGGACAUGGUUCAAGUGAAGCGUUACCAGAAGACUGUGCAUGUGGACGAACUGGUGCCUGGUGUGAUUGAACCGUCAUUUGGCAUUGGAAGAAUCAUGUACGCCGUCUUCGAGCACAGUUUCCGAGUUCGUGAAGGAGAUGAGCAAAGGACGUACUUCUCCUUGCCUGCGGCGGUUGCACCACUAAAAUGCUCCGUUCUUCCACUCAGCAACAAUCCAGAUUUUGCCAAGUUUGUGCAACAAAUAUCAUCCGCACUGACCCAGCAUGAUGUGGCACACAAGGUUGACGAUAGUAGUGGAUCCAUAGGUCGUCGCUAUGCGCGCACAGAUGAAAUCGCUGUCCCAUAUGGCAUCACGGUGGACUUCGACACAUUGCGGGAGCCACACACAGCUACCCUGCGUGAACGAGACACCAUGCUGCAAGUUCGAUGCCCUCUUGAAGACCUCGCUCCUCUGGUGCACGACCUCGUUCGUGGAAAGAUCACCUGGGACCACGUUUGCUCCGUUUACCCAAAGUUUGAGCAGCAGGAAGUGACCAAGGCAUAAUGAAGUCGGCAAUACGAGUUCCGUAUUGCAACCUUGUGAACCCUGCCCAUGGGGCUCCACAGUACAUCGCACAGAGUGCCUACGAGAGGCUGCAUCUUGUGCGGUCUUCCAUUAGUAUAUUUCAUCCGUGCUGUGAAUUUUGCAACAGGGUGGAGGACUUCUGCACCGACAUGGUUUUUUUUUUUAAUUCGCAGGAUUGUCACAGGCCACAUACUGACCACUAGGCAAUGGACACAUCUGAUGAUAUCAGGUGCUGCAAGCUAGGGGUGUACAACCUAUGCUUUUGUCGUCAUCUUCGGGUUCCACUGCCCCAGUCUUGUUUUUCGGUCUUGCCUUCAUUUAAUCCUUUUGUAGGUGAAGUGAUGUCCUUAUACGAGGCGCUUGCCCACUGCGCCAUUGUGUAUUAGCUAUCUGGAGUAAGUAAUGUCUUAUAACUGCUGAAAGUGUAAAAAGAAAUCAGUGUGAAAGGAACUAUAUAGGCAAUUGAACAAAUUUGAACUGCUUGGCAAUUUGAGUUUCUUCAUACUUGAAUUAAUCAUCACAAACAUGACAAAAUGACAAUACUUUCGAUUUUUCGCUAGUUGUGCCUCUCUUGAACAGUAAAGAAUAUACGAAAGGCUUUUAUUGUGUGGACUGGAAUUCCUGUAUUUUGUUUCAAAUUAAAUCUUUGGCUAUGGCACUUCAGGAUAGCGGUAAACUGUUUCACCUCCAUUCUGUACGAGUCCUGUCGGGGGAAGUGAGGCAGUUGGACACCAGGGGCCAUAAUUAUGAAGCUUUUCAUUCAACUGCUGUUUGCGAUCGGCCUGUUAUUCGCAAUAAUAUAAUCAGCGUCAUGACUACUAGCAUGUUUUAUCAGUGAUAAUAAAUAUUCAUUUAUGAAUGCAGGGCUACAAGCAUACUUUGCAGUGCUCAGCAGCAGGCUAGUACUGCAGAUGCAUUGCUCAGAAGCAAUGUAUUUUGUGUAAACGUAUUGAAAUGCACGACAUAAUAUGUGCGCAACUUAGUUGGCACCUAUGGUACUUAUUGGAACGAAGUCAGCUUCUGAAAGAAUAGAAGAUUGCAAACCAAGGAAGGACAGAAUUUUCAGCCUGGCUGUCUACUUUCUUUUGCUCAAUAAAUUGCAAAAAGUGACAUGUGUCUCCACAUUCAAUGUUUUGGCUUAAUGAUAUCACUCCUGUGUGUGCCAAGUCAUUUGCAUUAUUUUUAGAGCUAGAAACAUUGGAGCUGAAUGCCUUUCAGGUCUGCUGUCUAUCCUUAUUUAUGAAAUAAUAAAUGCCGACCUUUUUACUUGCA